CGGCCGCACGCGCUCCGGCUCGUUUGUGAUCUUUAUACCUGUGCUCGAGCCUUUGGGCCUUCCGGUCGCGCGAGUGCCUCGUUGUGCUUACAGCCGGUCCGACUGUUGGAGCAUCGCGGAAAAAUCGGGUCAGCCGUACCAGCCACCAGCAUGGCGAGCGGAGCUGUAGGUCGAAAAACCACGAGCAGCCACUCGUACUCGUCAACCUCGGCCGGCAACCUCGAUAACAAUUUAGACGCGCUUUUGGACGACCUGCAGACCAGCGUCAAAACGCCCAAAAAUGCCAACGGGGGCACGGCGCAUCACGGCGCCAGGCAGGAGAGGAUCAUCGAAACCAAAACCACGAGGCAUUCUCCGCUGAGGUCGGUGUCGCCCUCGGGCCGGACGACGACGAUCGAGAAGUUUGUGAGCACGGGACCGGCCGGCUCGGCUUCCGGGAUCCCUGGGCUCGAGAUGCUCGACAAAGAACUCCAAGACGUGCAACCCGGCCAGAGCAAGACCGUCGCCUACAAGCAGGUAUCCUACCACUACGACAGGCAGCAGGAAGGACAGAACCUCGAGCCCUGGGUCAAGACCAGCAAAAUCACCAAAAACGACGCAUCCAUCGUCGACGACUUUUGCGAAAGGACGUUCGAAAAGUCGAGUUCGUCGUCCGCAAGGGCGACCCGCGACAGUCCGGACUUUGCGCGGAACGACAAAGAAAUCGUGCAACCCGGCCAGAGCAAGACCGUCGCCUACAAGCAGGUAUCCUACCACUACGACAGGCAGCAGGAAGGACAGAACCUCGAGCCCUGGGUCAAGACCAGCAAAAUCACCAAAAACGACGCAUCCAUCGUCGACGACUUUUGCGAAAGGACGUUCGAAAAGUCGAGUUCGUCGUCCGCAAGGGCGACCCGCGACAGUCCGGACUUUGCGCGGAACGACAAAGAAAUCAUCUACAAGGCAGAUGUAUCGACAAAAAAUAUCGUGGCACCUACGACGACGACCACAUCGACGUCCAAGGAGAGGGAUUUCAAGUACCUAAAGGAAACGAGUUCCUACACAGAGCCGAGCCCGAUAUCGUCGCGGAAGAACAUCAAGACGGUGCGCAGCGACGAGACCGAGGAGCUGACGAACGUCGAGUACAUUCCCAGCUCGUCGAGUCCCAUCCCGGCGAGCCUCGCCCCGGGCCCCAACACCAAAGUCACCAAGACCGUCAAAACUUACACGUACGAGCUGCCCGGCGCCCCCGAGAACUACACCACGACCUCGAGCAGCAGCCUCACCAGGAACAUCAACCUCGACAAGUCCUCGAGCUACGUCUCCCUGCCCAGGGACACGGCCGAGAAGUCCAUCUCGUACCAUGUCGAGGAGCAGAGGGCUGCCUACGUGCCGCCGUCGCCAAGCACGAACCGGGUCCACCGAGAGGAGAAGGUCUACGUGGACCGGCGGAUUUACCGGGCCGCCUCGCCACCGCCACCGCUGCAGACCACGAGCACCGUCAGUCGGAGCGAGAGGUACAACUUGCAGCAGAGCGUCCCCGACUACCCGGCCACCUCCACUUCCUCGAUGAGCCGCAGCGAGCAGCGCCUCAUGUACGAGCACCAGCAGCCAGCCCCGGCGCCCGAGUCCCACCAGCGCACCACCGUCAAGCAGUACGAGGAACACUACUCGGGGAGUCGGCCGCCCCAGCCGAGGCCCUACUACCCCGAGACCACGUCGUCCCACCACGCGAGCACCACCGUGUACAAGUAUGACGAGCAACAGUCGGUCCUGCCAACUAGGCCGUUUCCUACGAGCGAGCGGCCAGCCAGUCCCUGCCAGCAGCCGCCCAAGAGGAUCGAGGAUCUCAUGGCCUCCUUCUCCGACUCUGAGGAGGUGAUGGAGGUGAGAAAGACCAUGACCAAGGGGAGCACGACAAAGAAGGAGGUGGACUUUGUGCCGCACACGCCUCCAAUCGUCAGAAGCAAGAACGUGGCUGGACCGCCGGUUUACUACCCACCUGGUGCUGGGGAGUUUGCUCGGAAAGGAGAGGCCAUGGCCGCAACGGGUGGCGGCGAGUACUCCAGGAAGGAGGAGUCCAUGGCUGCGAUGUCAAAGAGCAGCGGUGGCUGGUCGAAGGAGAGGGGUGCCUGGGAGUAUGGAUCGUCCUCGAAGAGCGAAGAGAAAACCAAAACGAAAAAAGCUGUUGUGCCAGUCUGUUUGCCACUAUGUUGUGCCUUACCAUGUGUUAUCAUGUAAAUUUACUGUUGCCCGUAAACAAAGGAACAAAAAAAUUGGUUCUACACGAAGCGCCAUUAAAUGCUUUUUAUAUUCUCAGUAUCUAUCCGCGACGACCGUCCAUCUCAUAGAUUACAUUAAUUUAUAUAGAUGUUGAAGAUUUACUCCCAUUUCUAUUUUUGUUGUUGUUGUCAGUUUCCAACGUCUUAAUUUUUAAUACCAGCUUUUCAACGUGUAACUGUACUUUUAUAAGAUAGAUUAUUUUAAAUUUCAUAUUUAAAUAUUUUUAACCCGUACUUGUAGCUUGUACUUUUUAAUAUGUAAGAAUAAUCAGUUAUAAAUUAUUAAUAAACAAAAGAAUUUAAUUUGAUGAGCUGUAUUGACAAUCUAAAAUUAUUAUGAUAAUAAAUGCAAAAUAAAACAACUAUAAAAAUAA